CGACCACUGAUCUCCUUUUAGGCUGUGUAUGAUAGAAUGGUAUACGAAUUGAGUUUAGAGGCAAGUGCCAAAAUGUUUCUGCACGCUGCAAAACACCCCUGCAAUGCAGUGAACGGAGUGCUAAUAGGCUACGAUGAGAUCUCAACGGGUAAUACCCACAUUAUAGACUGCAUACCUUUGUUCCAUUGCAACAUCAACCUGCAACCGAUGGCAGAGGCCGGUCUUUACAUGGUAGAUCACUACUGUCAAUCGAUUUCAUCCCAGUCAUCCUCGUCUGAUGGUGAUAAGAGCCGAGUGCACAUAGUUGGAUACUACUUCGGUCCCGAGUUACAACACCUCAAGGUGGAGCCGAGCAAAGGCAAUGUGCUAGGAUUAAGAAUGUCAGAGAAGAUAGCUGAAAACAGGGAGGGUGGUCGAUCGUGUCUGUUCGUAUUGGGUAAUGAGCUGCCCAUCUCAGAUAGCCUCCACCACAACUUCAGAUUGUUCCUAUCCAGCAAUAACUCAAACAACGACUCAUCUGGGGGAGGGGGAGGAACAAUAGAAUGGACUGCCGCAAAAGGAGGAGAUAUAAGGUGUCUGGACUCUGACUCUGGCACUGCUGCCGGGACUGCAGUUAUAGCUUUGCUUUGUGGUCGAACGCAACAACAGCUGAUAGACCUCGAGGAUCAUUUGGCCGACAUAACUCUCAACCCAGACUGGACAAAUUCUGGUCUCAAUUCCAUCAUCCAACAGACUUAGCAAAAAAAAACAUUAAUUUAUAUACUGUGUCAUUGUUAAUGUCAUAUCUGUUUCCGUAAAAAAGGACGAUUAUCUGCCCCUAGAAUACCUCUUUGGUUAACUUUUUACUUCAGCGCAAAAUUCGCUUCAAGUUCGGCUUGUUUCGACAUUGGCAAACAAUGAUUUAAGUAAAUUUUUUUUUCAAAAUUGUACUUGCUCGAAAAUAAAUGUCUUAAUUGAUGUUUAAACAUUCUUCCCUCUGCUUGAUAAAUUAUUAUUUUUACGUAUUUAAAUCUUUUCAAACCUCUGUUCAA